AUGAAGUUCAGCAUCGCUACCACCGUGGCGCUGUCCAUGGCCGCCGCGGCAGUGCCGCACGGUCGCCGCCACCAGCAUCAACACCCCAAUCGCCGUGAUGUGGUCGUCGACGUCGUCACUCAAGUUGCGACCCAGACUGCUCCAGUCGCCAUGGUUUACGUCGACCAGAACGGUGCUCCCAUGUACACCUCCUGGAACCAACAAGGCCAGAAUCAGCCAACGACCUACGCCCAACCCACUCCGACAGCUACCGAGGCACCGGUGGACGCUUCUAGCUCCUCCGCCCCAUCCAGCUCAGAGGCGCCGGCCGACUACCCAGCAGCAUCCAGCUCUGAGUCAGCGGCACCUCCUGCUUACACUGCACCCUCCGGUGGCGCUGGCGCUGGCUCAAUGGGCUACGGCAUCUCCUACGCUCCUUACUCCAGCAGCGGCGAGUGCAAGACUGCCGACGAGAUCAACAGCGACUUCAACUCCUUUGAGGGCUACGGUAUGGUUGGCAACGUUAUCAAGGCUGCAUCAUCCAAGGGCAUGAAGGUCUUCGCCGGCAUCUUCGACAUUUCUCAGGUUGAGUCUGAGGCGCAGACCCUCAUUGACGCUGCCAAGGGCAACUGGGACACUAUUGACACCGUCUCCGUUGGCAACGAGGUCGUGAACAACGGCGGAUCUGCCUCGGACGUCGUCAAUGCCAUCAGCACCGCCCGCAGCAUGCUCAAAUCCGCCGGCUACAACGGCAAGGUCGUUACCGUGGACACAUUCACUGCCAUGAUCGACAACCCCGAGCUCUGCCAAGCCUCCGAUUACGCCGCAGCCAACUGCCACGCCUUCUUCAACUCCGACAUCACCGCCGACCAAGCUGGCGAGUACGUCGCCUCUGAAGCCAAGCGUGUCCAGCAAGCCUGCGGUGGCAAGGACACCAUCAUCACGGAAUCCGGCUGGCCAUCCGCCGGCGACCCCAACGGCUCUGCAGUGCCCAGCCCAGAGAACCAGAAGGCAGCUAUCAGCUCCCUGCGGAACCACUUCUCCAACAACAUCGUCCUCUUCAGCGCGUUCAACGACGGCUGGAAGGACGACUUUGACGGCAGCUUCGGCGCCGAGCGGUACUGGGGUAUCUAUGGCAAUGCGCCUGCGUAG